GGGUGCUGGUGCCCCACGCGAAUGUCCGAGACCCGGAGGCGAUGGCUCAAGACGGCGACGUGGACGACGCUCCUCUGCGCAGCGACCUACGUGCUGCUCACUAUGGUGCCCGUGAAGCUCUACAUUGCCAGCACUAUGGCCUGGAUCCAGGCCAACCCGACCAUGGGGGCCAUGCUGCUGCCGCUCAUCCUGGCCGUGGGCAUCCCACUCUGCAUCCCGUCCCCAGGCUUCGAGAUCCUCGCGGGCUCCAUGUUCGGCAUCGUCACGGGCACGCUGCUGUGCGUGGUGGGCAAGACCAUCGGCCAGUUGAUCGCCUUCCUGGCGGCCAAACACUUGGGCAAGGACCGGAUCAACUCGUACAUGCAGAGCAACUUCCCGGCGUUCGCGGCGCUGGCCACGGUGCUGCAGAGCUCCAGUUGGAAGCCGCUGCUGCUGAUCCAGGUGGCUAACGUGCCGCACCUCGUCAAGUGCUACGGACUGGCGGUCGCGGGCAUCUCGACCUACAGGUUCGCAGUCUCCUCCGCGGUGGGGGGUCUGCCCUACGCCGUUCUGUGGGCGUACCUCGGGCACCACAGCAAGAACUUAGUUGGAGGCAGCGACGACGACGCCGUGGAGCUCAGGGAGGCGUCGUUCCGGCAUCGCAUGGUGAUCGGAGUAGGGGGCACCGUGUUCACGGUGCUGGGCAUGUGGUGGCUCGUGGUGUACACCAAGAAGCAGCUCCACAGCGAGAUGCAGCGGGUCAAGCACCUGCACCGCUCCAGCGAGGACAGCGACGACACGUGCAUCACCGUCUCGUCCUCGGACGACGACGAGGAGGUCGUGCAGAUCGGCCUGCUGCGGCCCGAAACGUUCACCACCGCGCUCACCGCCGCACAGCCUCGCAGUUACGACGACAUCUGACCAUGUACACUACCUACCUACACCAACCCGCUAGCUAGAGAAACAAAACCCACUCGCACAAAUGUACGAUAACCACAGUAUAAAUUGGACGUGAUCUUCCAGC